CUGUGGUUGAAAACUCUUUUUUAUUGCUCUUUUGGCUUGUUUAUAAUAUAAUCAAUGGUUCUCUUACCUGUGCAAUUGUUUGACAGGUAUGAGAUGUCAACGAUAAUACGCAGAUAAUUUAAAAAUCAUAUAGUUAUUAGAAAUUGUAUUAUAGGAGAAUGUGUAAAAUAAAAACCACGUGUAUUAAUUUGGUAGUUAAUUGAUUAAUUUGUGUUAGUAGUUACGUAAAGUAUAAUUAGACUUCAGACAAUAAUAACUAUAACAGACACAAGUUUAAAAUCUUGCACGUUUUAAUUUUUGAAGAGUAGAUAAAUUAUGGUUGUCUAUAAUUGGAAUGACGAGCUAUUUGUCAAAAAUGAUAAUGUAUGAAAUCGAUAUAAACUCCAAUUAUACAUGCCUAAUUGUAAAUUUGUUAAUAAAGUACAUUUUAAUUUUUGACAAUUGAAUAGGAUUUUUUAUAUAUCAUAAAAAAUGGACCUCAGGUUCUCUACUGAGCAUUGGUACCAUUUACCAAAAGCAUUACUAAGGCUGUGUUUUAUAUUGGCUAAUAAUUUAUAUUGUAUCCCCACAUACCUUGUGUGGAUGAUUUUGUUAUUCCCUUUAAAAAAAGUACAUCCAGAAUGUUACUGGAAAAUAGAGGGCUACUUCUUUCACUGGCUUUUAUCAGUUGUAACAUUGUGGAGUUGGAGUGCAGGAUAUGAUAUUGAAGAGAUGGGGGAUGACAUUACAGAGUGUUUGGAAGAAAGAACAUUAGUUAUUGUCAAUCACCAGUCAACUGCAGAUGUUCCUCUAUUAAUGGCAUGUUUCAACUCAAAAAAGAAUGUUCUGCCAAACCUAAUGUGGAUUAUGGAAAGGUUAUUUAAAUAUACAAACUUUGGAGUAGUUAGUUUAAUGCAUCAAGACUUUUUUAUAGCAGCAGGGAAGAAUAAUAGGGAGCAGUCAUUAACAUCAUUAGCUGCCCAUUUAAUCAAUUCCUAUCUACCUAGACAUAGAAAGUGGAUUGUGUUAUUUCCUGAAGGUGGAUUUUUAAGGAAAAGGCGAGAGACAUCUCAGAGAUAUGCUCUUAAAAAUAAUUUACCAGUUUUACAAAAUGUUUCUUUACCAAGGGUUGGUGCCUUAGAGGUUAUUAUGAAAACUGUUGGUCCUCAAGGAAUUGCCAAUAAUAAUGCAGAUGAUUUGCCAGCUUGUGAAGAGAGCAAACUAUGCUGGAUAUUAGAUGUUACGAUAUGUUAUCCAAAUGGUGAGCCCUUGGAUCUUUUAGCGAUAGUUUUCGGUACAAAACCUCCGUGUGUAACAAAAUUUUUCUACCGUUUAUAUUCGAGCAGCGAAGUUCCCAAGGAUUCAGAAGGUAUGAAACAGUGGCUUUUUAAGCGUUUCGAAGAAAAAGAUAAAAUUUUGGAACAGUUUUAUAAAAUGGGUGCGAUAUCGGGAUCCUUCAGUCGAAAUCCAAUUCAACCAAAUGUGGUUGUUCAAGACUGUUUGCGAUUUAUAAUUGUACAUUUGUUCUUCAUUACUUCAACUUAUCUUCACUUGCAAAUGUUCCAUGCAGCAUACAGCUAUUAUUGCCAUCUAAUGUACUAUUAGCACACAACGCUCGCAUACCUGGUCUAUUUGAUAAGACUUUACUUAUAAAGUCGAAUAAAUUAGACCGAUGUGCGAGAAAUCCAUCAUUACCACCGAAAUAUGUAUUUACAUACACACGCUCAUGCACUUAAAAAAAAAAAAAAAGAGCUAACUUAAUAAGUACUCGUUAUUAGAUACAAGUUGUUAAUUAUGUGUAGUUUUUUUAACGAAAAUGAGGAAUUCUUUUUGUCUAUGAAAUAAUGUAAUUUUUUUAGUAUACUGUUUAAAUAUA